AUGUCAGACUUGAAGGCGAGUCCCUCUACAUUACCUUCGUAUCUGUUACAUCAUCCUCACACUCGACCUACAGUUAUCAGUGGAAAUAAUAUUCAAGUCCCUUCCUGGCGCAUUCCUGCUGGCAUCUACAUAUCCGUCAAUGUCGACUCCCGGAGGCGCUGGAAAUCACCCAUCAGUGUCUUAUCAUUUGGUACAUCUGUAACGUGGGGGAAUUCUGUUACUCUAUUAUCACAUGCCUCACGUGCGUUGUCAGUGGAGAUCAGAGCGUCUUAUGAGCUUGGUCGAAUGCUAGGCGGUGGAGAGGUCGUUGGAACACUUCGAAUGUCAUGGGAUGAGCUACUCGAUCAUGGAGAUGAGCCAUUCGAUUUAUUGUUCCCACCCGUGCGCGGUGUCCACCCUUCCCUUAAGCUGAAGGCCGCCAUUGUUCAUGCUUGCGAUGAUCAGGACGACGCACUGAUUGAUUCCCUCGCAGACUGCGAGAUUGCUCGAGACACAGAUGCAGGCCACGCACAAUUUGCCGCAUACGUGACGAGCAAGACAGUCUCUCGCCUGAAACGUGCUGUGAAGCAUUUUCAGUUAGUUCUAGACCGGUGUCCGGUCAGCCAUCCAGACCAUGCCACGGCUCUCACCAACCUCGCGUGGGCCCGCCUCAAAGGCUACAUCCGAAAUGAUCUUGAAGACAUCGAUGCCACCACUUCCCUCUUCCGCGAGGCCCUUGCAUUGCGUCCGCAGCCCCAUCCCGAUUUUCCCUUAUCUUUAUACAAUCUCACCGAAGCGCUGAAUUGGCGGCACGACAAGAAAAGUACUGCUGCCGACAUCCGGGAAGCCACCCAACUCUAUCAUGAACUACUACCUCACUGUCCAGAGGCCACCUACCUUCGUAGCAUCGUGGCAGGAGAAAAUGGUGUUGAUUAUACGCAUCUGAUGAAGGCAUCCACCUUCGAAGAGUCGUCCUCGAGCUCUGUCCUCUGGGCCAUCAACUCCGUCCAGACACACUUGACACACUUUCACGUGCUCUCCGAUCACGGUUUACAAUGCGGCCACAUCGAUGAUUUAGAUGAAGGCAUACAAUUUAAACGUGAAGCCGUGUCUCUGUACCCCGAGGGACAUGCUGUCCGUGACAACUACCUGAACGACUUGGCCGGUUUACUCAUGUACCGCUUCAAUCACCAAGGUAAACCUGAUGACCUCGAUGAGGCCAUCUCUUUGCUCGAAGAAUUGCUGCGCGUGCGCCCUGUUGGGCACAAAUUCCGUGAUGACUCAUUGGUGAGCCUAGGCAACGCCCUCCGCCUCCGUUUCCACAAACACGGCGACAUUGAUGACAUCACCCGAGCUAUCGGCCUCUGUCGCGAGGCACUGACGUUGCGCCCACCUGGGCAUUUACUUCAUGCCUCCGCGCUUGACAACCUUGCCUCCGCGCUCCAUGCCAGACAUGACAAAUCGCAUGUUAGCGAUGAUCGUGACGAGGCCAUUGACUUGUAUCGCGAAUCCCUUCGGUCAAGGCAGCCUGACAAUCCAGAUCGCCAUCUGACUCUUUCGAAUCUGAGCGUGGAACUCUACUCUCGUUUCCUGCAAACUCGAGGAACUUCAGACUUGUCAUCAAGACAUCCUACUGAAGGAUUUCCUCGUCGUAUCAUGGAGCUAUUGAUUGGGCUUGCCAAGCAGAAAUCUGGCCGUGGCCAGCAGUGGUCGCUGGCAUCUCGACUCAGGACUCCAGUCGAAGACCUCGAGACAGCAAAACCGACACUGGCGCGCAAUUAUUUGGAGCUGAGCAAGCGCAUUUCCAAUGCUGCCCAGGGUUCUGCAAACAUCACCGACAGAGCUGCUGCUGAUCAGGAAGUAACAGAGUAUAGGAGACUUACAAGGCAAUGGGAUGCAGCAGUAGCUGAGAUACGUGAUAUUCCAGCGUUCUCGCGCUUCCUGCUCCCACCUUGGUAUGAAGACCUCCAAGUGGCAGCGCGCCAGGGCCCGGUCAUUAUCCUCAUUGCCAGUCAAUACUCAUGCAGCGCCAUCAUUGUCCCGACGUCAGGAGAUCCCCAUCAUGUUCCUUUGCCGUCCAUCGCUCUCGCAGAUCUAAAGAUUCUCAAGGAUCGCUUCGCCAGGGCAAUACGAGAAGCAUCUCGGAUGAGCCCAAGGGAAUCGAGGACGGAUCUGAUAGUGCUCUCGCGAAUAAUAUGGGACCAGAUCAUGCUACCCAUCGUCAACGUGCUCGAGCACGCCCUCAAACUACAGUGCCGCUCUCGAAUCUGGUUGUGUCCCACUGCAGCUUUCACGUCCAUUCCUCUCCAUGCAGCUCACCCGUUUCAAACAAAGGCGGAUCGUUCUGGGAAGGAGCCAUGCCUGGAGGACCUCUACAUUUGUUCUUACACGCCAACACUUUCUGCUCUGAUCAGAUCUAGACAGUUAAUGAAGAAGCGCGUGCUUCCGUCCUUUGUGGCGAUCGGACAAGGUCAACCGGGUGCAGGGAAGGGCAAGGCUCUCUUGGCUGUUGACAGCGAGCUUGAGCUUGUCCAUAAACUCGUCCCUGCGACUGCCAACCACACCAGUAUUUCUGGCGACGAAGCCACACGAGCAGGUGCACUCUCAGCUUUGCAGCAGAACACCUGGGUGCACCUUGCUUGUCAUGGGAAGCAGGACCCUAAGCAGCCUUACGAUUCACAUUUUGCCGAGUUCGCGUUCUUAUCGGCUUGUCAUACCGCCGUCGGCGACGAGGAGACACCCGACGAAGUGAUUCACCUCGCAGCUGGUCUUCAGUUUUCGGGGUUCAAGAGUGUCGUUGGCACGUUGUGGGAGGUCGACGACUCUGUCGCAAAACACGUCGUCGAAGCUUUCUACAGGUACAUGUUCAGAGAUUUGAAGGAUGGUGGUGUCAUGGACUGUACGAAGGCGGCCUGGGCGCUCAACUGUGCUAUGCACUCGGUGAAGAUGAAAGUACCGCUCGAGCAGAGGAUGGUUUUUGUUCAUAUUGUCAUAGCCCUAUGUAGAAGUGGUGCCCCGGAUGUGCCAAAUGGCCCUAGAAUGGGUACCAGCCUGCACCGGCCUAUACAUGCACAUUGGUGCCGGCCAAGGGUGUUAAGGUGGUACUGGCCAACCACUGAAGUGUGGGAGUGGUACUGGCCGACCACUGCCUACACAUGUAUAUUGGUGCUGGCCAGAGAGGUGUGGGACUGGUACUGGCCGACCACUGCCUACACAUGUAUAUUGGUGCUGGCCAGAGGUGUGAAUGUGGUACUGGCCGACCACUGCAUAUACAUGUACAUUGGUGCUAACCACAGAUGUACAUUGGUGCUGGCCAGAGGUGUGGGAGUGGUACCGGCCGACCACUGCCUACACAUGUAUAUUGGUGCUGGCCAGAGGUGUGGGAGUGGUACUGGCCGACCACUGCCUACACAUGUAUAUUGGUGCUGGCCAGAGGUGUGGGACUGGUACUGGCCGACCAUUCAAGUGAGGCUCCCUAUACACACACAUCAGUAUCAGCCAACACCUUAGGACAUGGAAAAUAGAGUUGGCCUGACUAAGUCCAAGUCAUGUAGAGGCAGGCAGUUCAACAACUUAAGGCAUCAGAAAAACUUAACAUUGUUGAAGAACCUUAUGGUACUUGGCCAAGUCUUUCCAAGACUUGCACUAACACACUCAAGUCCAGC